AUGGAUCUUUCUCUCAAGCUCGAGAAAGAGAAAGAUGAAGAAAGAUCAAAACACAGCUGUGAGCAGAAAGAAGCAGAAAUAGAAGAUGGUAGUGAAGAUAAAGAUGAAAAAAUGGUGAAAGAAGACGAAAUUGAAGAUUCUUGUUUAAGUUCAAGAACUCGAGAAGAAGAAAAAGAACGUGAAGAGCUCUUGCAGAUGCAAAUCGAAAUGGAACAUGUCAAAGAAGAGAAUAAGAGGUUGAGGCAGCUUGUAGAGCAAACCCUUCAAGAUUAUCGCCAGCUCGAAAUGAAAUUCCCGGUUAUCGAUCAAACCAACAAGAUGGAUCUUGAAAGGUUCCUUGGAGCACAAGCCAAGGAUAGGAAAAGAGGAGUCGAAAGAUCUGCUUCCUUGGUAGAUGGAGAAUUAGGGCUUUCACUUUCUCUACAGAAAAAGCAGAAACAAGAAGAUAACAAAGAAGCUGAAUCAAAUAACACGCAAAGAUACAAUAGUAGCAGCAUGAUUCAGGGACAUGAUAUAAACACGCAACGUGUCAUAAUGUCUUCUCCGGGUAAUAGAAAGGCCAGGGUCUCGGUAAGAGCCAGAUGUGACACUCCAACGAUGAAUGAUGGAUGCCAAUGGAGAAAGUACGGUCAGAAAACCGCGAAAGGGAAUCCAUGUCCAAGAGCUUAUUACCGAUGCACCGUGGCUCCAGGAUGUCCUGUUAGGAAACAGGUACAAAGGUGUUUAGAAGACAUGUCGAUACUGAUAACAACUUACGAAGGAACACAUAACCACCCACUUCCGGUCGGAGCAACAGCCAUGGCUUCUACUGCCUCCACUUCUCCAUUCUUGCUACUUGAUUCUAGCGACCAUCUCUCUCAUCCUUCCUAUUUUCAACGAAAUGGUAGCAACAAUCAGUCAAUAAGAAGCUUGAUCAACUUCGACGAUCCAUCAUUUAGAGGAGGUGACCAUGUUUCAUCUUCCCAAAACCGAUUAAACUGGAUGAUGUAG